UAAAAGUAACGCUGUGGAAUAAAUAGAGCGAUUCAAAACAACCUGAAUUUGGCCAUUCAAUCAUGCCAAAAGAUAAUCAUUUACAAAAAUCAUCAAGGAUUACUAAACCGAGAAGUGUUCCAAAAUAUGCUCAUUAUCGUCUGGAUCCUGUUGUAAUCAGGAAAACUGGAGGAUUGCUAGGAAACUUAUUUGCCCAGGAUUGGGUUAAUCCGGGUCAGAUUGUUAGAAAUCUGCCGGAACAUAGAAUCAGAAGUACAGGGCCAAAGGAUUGUCUUCAGUUACUUUCUAAUUGCUUUGAAGAGAUCGCAAACACAUCUAGCAUUCCAAAGCCUGUUGCUACUUUCGCUAGUCGCUGUACUUUGUAUCUGACUACGAAGCAGUUUGAACGACAAUUUAUAGAUAGUUAUCGAGGCAUGCGAGUUGAACUUAAUGAAAGCGAAUAUGUCAAAAAACGCAAAAAUAUCAUAGAAAAAAGCAAAAUCUUGUCGGUUGACGUGACUGAAAGUUGUCUUGAUACAUUACGAGAGGACAUUAAACAUGAUAUGGAAGCAACCAAUGAAGCCUGUAGCACUAAAAAUCUAAGAAAAGACACGGAUCUUGACUCGAAAAAAGAAGGCUUAUGCAGCGAAAAGAAAAUAUGCAAUGAAGAACUGAAAGAAGUUGAAGAAGAUUGGUGGCUUAAUGAGACUUCAAGUGGCUGUACAGAGUCCAACUUUAUCAAGAGACCUUCUAGAGAUCAAUUUUCUCCUCACAAGCCAAAGUGGACUCAUGCAGAAGUAUAUCGACUACAAUCCAGCUGCAUCAUAGCCAUGAACAGCACACCUACCUCACUUCUUCCGCCAGAUAUUAUCAAUAUUCUUGAGAGUACUCGCUCUGAUCAGUUCUCAUGCGCAGCACUAAGCAAGUUCCCCACUUUAUUCAAUAUUCUCAAAGAAAUCUUACAAUAUGAACAAGAAGGGUUCCCAACCAAACUGUGGAUAGAAUUCAACAAAGCAAGUCAUUGGAAUACACAAGAACGAAACCUAUUUCAAUUUAUAUGCUUGACUUUGACCGAUUUUUGGGGUACCUGCUUACAAAAUAUCCCACAAGGAGAUGGAGAACGAACAUUCUGGUGCGAAAGAAGCGAUUAUAUGGUACCUUUGGGGAGAUCUGACAAAUUCAAUAGGUGCGAAAAGAUGUCAAAUAGUCAUAUGGCUAGUUCAUUGGUUCCGGGAGUAUGGCAACAAGGAGAGCGAAGGUAUAUGGAUGGACUGGGCCAAACAGCUUCCCAAGAAGAAAAGAUAUUCAUGGAAUCAUCAGGAGGAACAAGCACAGAAAAUAUAGAUCAUGUCUUAGGCGACUCAUUAAAGCUCGUCAGACUUUGUACUGAUGCAUUGAGAGCCAAAAUAAUGGAUAAUCGAGAUGCCUCAUUCUCUACUGCUAAAAAACAAGAAGUAUAUGGUGUCCAAUGCAUUGUCAAGACACUCACUCUUACCCAAGCAUCUCUAUAUGAUAAAGACAAAUGGCUCUUUUUAGAACUCAGAAGCGCAAAAUUACCUAGUCGUUGGCAGGAAAUGCCAAUGUGGAUUAAGGUCUUUGAACUGAUGGCACAGCUUUAUAUAGGUUUACUUGGACAGCAAGUGGUCGAGAAAACAUUCCAAGCCGAGUGCAACCAAUUACUUCCAGUGGCUCUAACGGAUUCAGUACGAAAUAUGCUUCGUACAUCUAGCUUGUUAGGAUAG